AUGGCGCAAAAUUCUAUCUCAACCCAUCCUAAAGUGCGUCUGAGCCUCCGGACAUGUGAGCCGGGCGAGACGGCCCGUCCCGCCGCGGGAGAGGCCGCCAGCACCGCGCAGCAGCCCCCGAGCUGGGCCAGGGCCAGGAUCCAGGGCAGCGAGAAGCUCAGCGCCAUGGUCCGUGUCGUGGAGGGUGGCAGCGGGCUGAAGGUGGUGGCUCUGGCGCGGCUGACGCCCAUCCCGUUCGGGCUGCAGAACGCCGUCUUCGCGCUUACAGAUUUGUCAUUACCCAACUACCUGAUGGCUUCUUCAGUUGGGCUGCUACCUACUCAGCUCCUGAACUCAUACUUGGGCACUACCUUGCGCACCAUGGAGGAUGUGAUUGCAGAACAAAGUGUUAGUGGCUAUUUUAUAUUCAGUUUGCAGAUUGUCAUAAGCAUAGGGCUCAUGUUUUAUGUUGUUCACCGAGCUCAAGUGGAACUGAAUGCAGCUAUUGAAGCGUGUGAAAUGGAAAUGAAGACAUCGCUUGUUAAAGACAGUCAGCCAAGCAUCAGUGGUUCGAGCACAUACUGCAACAAAAGGACAGUAGCAUUCUCUGGAGGAGGUGUCAAUAUUGUGUGAUUUUCAAGUAUUAAUAAAGUAAGGUUUUGUGAACCU